GACUUCACUACUCAUAUGAGAAUACUGUUCGGAGACCUUCUGUCCAGAUUCCCUCUUUAUCGGUCUCUUUCGCAACCUCCGAAAUUGGCAAUGUCUCAUCGCAAGUUCUCUGCGCCCCGCCAUGGCUCCCUGGGAUUCCUGCCCAGGAAGCGCUCUCGCCGUCAUCGUGGCAAGGUCAAGGCGUUCCCCAAGGAUGACCCGUCCAAGCCUGUGCAUUUGACAGCAUUCCUUGGCUACAAGGCAGGCAUGACCCACAUUGUGCGUACGGUGGACCGACCUGGAUCCAAAAUGAACAAGAAAGAAGUGGUUGAGGGUGUGACCAUCGUGGAGACUCCCCCUGUGGUGGUGGUUGGUGUGGUCGGUUACAUCGAGACUCCCCGGGGUAUGCGUUCCCUCAAAGUGGUCUGGGCUGAGCAUCUGAGUGACGAAUGCAAGCGUCGCUUCUACAAGAACUGGUACCGCUCCAAGAAGAAGGCAUUCACCAAAGCCUCUAAGAAGUGGGCGGAUGAUGCCGGCAAAGCCGAAAUUGAGAAGGACUUCAAGACCAUGAAGAAGUACUGCAAGGUUAUCCGUGUCAUUGUGCACACCCAGAUGAAGCUGAUGAACCAACGCCAGAAGAAGGCCCAUAUCAUGGAGGUGCAGCUGAACGGUGGUAGUAUCGCCGACAAGGUGGACUGGGCCCGCGAACACCUGGAGAAGCAGACCCGCAUCACCGAGGUGUUCGCCCAGGACGAGAUGAUUGAUGUCAUCGGGGUGACCAAGGGCAAAGGAUUCAAGGGUGUGACCUUCCGUUGGGGCACCAAGAAGCUGCCUCGCAAGACCCACAAGGGCCUGCGCAAGGUGGCCUGCAUCGGUGCCUGGCAUCCAGCCCGCGUGGGCUAUGGUGUGGCCCGUGCUGGCCAGAAGGGCUACCACCACCGCACGGAGCUCAACAAGAAGAUCUACCGUGUGGGUGAGGGCUUCCACCUGAAGGAGGGCAAGCUGAUCAAGAACAAUGGCGCCACUGACUUUGACAUCACUGACAAGAGUGUCAACCCUAUGGGUGGCUUCCCGCACUACGGUGAGGUCAAGAAUGACUUCCUGAUGCUGAAGGGAUGCAUCAUGGGACCCAAGAAGCGUGUCAUCACGCUGCGGAAGUCCAUGUUGGUGCACACCAAACGCAAGGCCUUGGAGAAGAUCUCGCUCAAGUUCAUCGACACCACCUCCAAGUUUGGUCAUGGCCGCUUCCAGACCCACGAGGAGAAGAAGACCUUCAUGGGUCCGCUCAAGAAGGAUCGCAUCAAGGCGGAGCAGGCCACAGCUCCCUAGGAAGGAUGCCACAUCACAUGUCUCUGGAAAACAACACCUGACACACUCACUCCCAGAAAUGAAUCACAGUUUCACCGUAAAAUAUAAAGCAUUUUUUGUGAAAGUAUUGAUGUAUCACAUAGCACAUUAUCAAGUUGUCGGUACACAGAAGAUGCCACAUGAAUAAGGUGGUUGUUAUUCCAGUACAUGAAUAUUUUGCCCUGAGCCACUAACUAGGAGCUGAGAAAAACACAGUCCAGCUGUCAAAGGAACAGCUUUGCGGAGACUGAAGUCAAAUAAAUUUCAAAUUGCAAAAAAAGAUGAA